AUGACUCGCGAUCAAGGAGAGAGAGAAACAAUCGGUAACUCUUGGAAAGAAAAAGCAAAAGAUUUACAAGGAUCAAUCAAUCUAUCCGCCCACUUGCUCAUCUCUCCAAGGUUAAGAAGCCACACCGAGGCAUCUAAUAACUCCUCAUUUCUGCGAUUGGAAGAAGAUAGCACCAUCGUUGAAGAGAAGCUUUUACAUGGGUAA